AUGAAUCUUCAUCUUAAAAUUUGGAGUUUUCUUACUUGUUUUAUGUUUGUAGAAUUGUGUUUCAUUCGAAACAGUUUCAGCAUAAAAAUAAGCAGAGGUGCGCCUCAGGUAAGUGGGGUUACCGAUGUGCCUAAUGGCCCAGUAGACUUGCCCACCGAGCGGAAGCUCAACUUAGGGUUGCGAAAGUACCAGCACGCUAAUCCCCCCCAGGAAGAUGGCGACAGUGAAAUAGAAACAGAAAUGAAGGAAGACGCGGACGAACUGAAAGAUAUCACAAACAAAGCAAAAUUCCCGUACCCACAAUCCGAGAAUAUCUAUAUAAAACACCAGGAGAACUAUGACAUCCCCCCGUGGCUAGCUGAAAUGAUUAAUUUGUCCAGCAUAAGCAAACACACGUUAGAAUCGCUAGGUGUUGAAAAUCUCCCCGAUGUUGACGCAUGUAGAGCUGUACAAAAUUUGAAAGAACAAAUGUUGUGCAUACUUGAUGCUCUAGAGGAUAUUAAGCGGGUCUAUCAGGAUGCAAAGGACAUAACCUCUUUAACCGCGAGAGUCUUGGCCGGGGGAAGACUAGCCGUCCGGGCCCUGUCUAGGCUGAAGACCUUGGCAUCCGCGUUUGAAAAUAGGCACCUGAUGAAGAAGCUUGGGACACCAAUGGCCACACUCAUUAUGCUUCAAAGAGAAUCAACCUCGGAUAGGAACAGAUGGCUGUGUGGAUCCAUACUUACCCUACUGACGGAUCUACCUGUGGUGUCAGACCUGGCUGAUAUCAAAACGGGUUCUUACGGUCACGUAAAUGUUAUCAUGCCAAGGCAAUCUAGGGUUCGAAACUCAGAUAGGCACAUUCUGAAAAUGCGAGAAGGAGCCGCGCCGUCCAGUUUAAUCGGAGGAUACACAGCGGUUGAAGGAGGAUACACCAUUUGA